AUGUAUCUACCACAGACUCCUCCAAUGAGAGAUGAAGCGUCUCCCUCACUAGAAGGAUCCAUCCAGAUUGGCCAGUUGGGGGUACAAGGACGGCUUUGUGUGUGCCCAGAUUCAUCGACAGAUCUAGGGUUUGGUCUCAAUGUUUCUGCAGCGAAACUUAUCGAUACAUUGCUUAACGAGGGUUGGAUUGAUGGGAACAGUAAGCCAUGUCCAAGGUGUCGUGUCAGCAUUGAGAAGAACGAGGGAUGCAAUAAAAUGCAGUGCUCGAAAUGUGACGCAGUAUUUUGUUGGUUAUGCAACAAAAUACUCGAUCGGAACAACCCUUAUGGACAUUUUAACGAAGAUGGAGGAACCUGCGUGAAUAGACUUUUCGAAGGAAUCACUACCUCCGAUGGAGAGGACGAAGAUGGUGACAUUAAUUGGGUGCAAUUCAUACACAAUAGCGAUGAUGAAACUGAUAGCGAAUUAGAAUUUUUCGUUGAAGAGGAGGAUGCUUAG